UAGGAAAAAAUUUGCUACACUUAAAUUUCGUCCUGUUUCUGACUUAAAAUUGGAUAAAGUUAAAUUAGUUACAAUAAUACAUGAAUAUAAAUUUAUUGAAACACCGCCUAAUCUUUAUGACCUUGAAUUGAGUGAACAUCUUGAACAAAAGUGGAGACGUGGAAUAGAAGAGUCAAUUCCAAUGUUCUUAACAUCAUUUCAGCAUAGACACGUGGACACCAUUAUUUGUGAAUUGGGACAGAAUUGCAAUGGGAAAGAAGAAUUACAUCGUAUACAAUUGCCAAAAUUUCCACAAAAUGUUGAACAAAUGGCAAUUGCUCGUUAUUUAUUCAAACUACUUUUUAAUUGUGUUUUUGAAUAUUUUGAAAUUAGUUUUCCAUUUAAUCCAAAAAUGA